AUGACAGCCAAGACGGAGGCUUCUGAAAGUGCCAAGCCCAAGUACAGACGUGCAUCUGCUCGCAAGGUCCGAACAGGUUGCAAAACAUGCAAGUAG